UGGUUCUCUGGGACCAGGGGCGGGACCUUCGGUGGUGGGGCGGGGCCUGCGAGUGUGGCGCACAGCGGAAGUGCGGCUCCGCGUGUGAUCCUUGAAGCUGCUAUGGGAGCCCCGGGAGGAAAGAUCAACCGUCCCCGGACGGAGCUGAAGAAGAAGCUGUUCAAGCGCCGGAGGGUGUUGAGCCGGGAUCGGCGGCUGAAGCGCCAGGUCGUCGGGGCCGUGAUAGACGAAGGGCUGAUAACCAGGCACCACCUCAAAAAGCGGGCGUCCAGUGCACGUGCCAACAUUACUCUGUCCGGGAAGAAGCGAAGAAAACUCCUGCAGCAGAUCCGACUUGCCCAGAAAGAAAAGGCAGCCAUGGAAGUGGAAGCCCCCUCAAAGCCAACCAGGAUUAGUGAACCACAGCCCAAAAGACAGAAGAAGAUAAAAGCUCCCCAGGAUGUAGAUAUGGAAGACCUUGAAGAUGCAAGCUAAAGUUCCUACCUCUUCUACCUGAAGAUUCUCAGUCACAGCCACAAGGAUUUGGUGGUAGUUUUAGAGGACUUUAGAGAAGGCAUUGCUCUCUUUCACUCUCCCAGAUUCUUUUUGAGUGAUGACCUACUGACCUUCCCUGGAGGUGGUGUACUGGAAAGAGGAGCAUACCAAGAAGGACUGCAGAGGGCCCUUUCUAGCAGUCAACUCCUUUUGUAAUAAAGCCCCAAAGCUUUGACAUGUGUGAUUAACUGCAGGAAUGGGACGGGUGAUAAAAAGGGGUCUUUGAAUGUGGGUGGACACAGCCCAGAAGCAGGAUACAGCGUGUGCUUGAACAGAGUCAACAAGAAGCUAGGCAGCUCUUUCGGUGAAUGACACUCCAACUUUGCAAUUCUGAACAAUACAGAUAUUAUAAGGAUGGUGGAUGGGGAGGUAAGGGGCUAUUAGUGCUGCCACUGCUCUGGUUGGGCAAGUUACUUAAAUUGCCCUGCUUCCUUUGCUGGAUUAUAAUAAUUAAAUAAAAAACAAAUAUUUCCUUUUA